CAUGCUGCUGAGGGUCAGCCCCAGGCGCUUCCUGGAGCAUCCCCUUCUCUUUGUGGAGAACACAGAGCAGCACCCGGUGCAGAAACCGAUCCCAAACCCAUUCAUGACUGAGGAACCCUGCAUCCCAACCCAGCCAGACCUGCCCUCAUCCAACCUCACCAACACCACGGACUGCGGAGAGGAGAUCCUGCUCUAUGGGGACACCGAGAAGAUCGUCAUCGGAGCCGUGCUCUCCAUCAUCAUCCUCAUGACCAUCGCUGGCAACGGGCUGGUCAUCAUCUCCGUGUGCAUCGUCAAGAAGCUCCGGCAGCCCUCCAACUACCUGGUGGUGUCCCUGGCGGCCGCUGACCUGUCGGUGGCCUUCGCUGUCAUGCCCUUUGUCACCAUCACGGACCUGGUGGGGGGAGAGUGGCUCUUUGGGAAGGUGUUUUGCAAUGUGUUCAUCGCCAUGGACGUUAUGUGCUGCACUGCCUCCAUCAUGACCUUGUGCAUCAUCAGUGUGGACAGGUACCUGGGGAUCACUCGGCCACUGACCUACCCCGUGAGACAAAAUGGGAAGUUGAUGGCCAAGAUGGUCUUCAUCGUCUGGCUCCUCUCUGCCUCCAUCACUCUUCCUCCUCUUUUUGGCUGGGCCAAGAACGUCACCGUGGAAAGAGUCUGUCUCAUCAGCCAGGACUUCGGGUACACAGUGUACUCCACAGGGGUUGCCUUCUACAUCCCCAUGGCGGUCAUGCUCGUCAUGUACAGCCGCAUCUACAAAGCAGCCAAGGUCAGCGCCGAGAAGCAUCGCUUCAUGAACUUCCCCAAGCACUAUGAAGAGGAAGGUGUCUAUUGCCUGGAGGCUUCCAACCGGAGCCACCACCACAGCUCCAAGCGCACCAAAGCGGUGGAGGAAUGUGCGACGCUCUCCAAACUGCUCCGGCAAGACAGAAAGAACAUUUCCAUCUUCAAACGGGAGCAGAAAGCAGCCAGGACCCUCGGCAUUAUCGUGGGGGCAUUCACCUUUUGCUGGCUUCCCUUCUUCUUGAUGUCAACAGCUCGGCCUUUCAUCUGCGGCAUCCGCUGCAGCUGCAUGCCCCUGAGGCUGGAGAGGACUCUGCUCUGGUUGGGAUACACCAACUCCCUCAUCAACCCUUUGAUUUAUGCUUUCUUUAACCGAGACUUGAGGACUACUUUCUGGAACCUCCUGAGGUGCAGGUACAGGAACAUCAACAGGAGGCUCUCUGCCGCCAGCAUGCACGAGGCUCUGAAAGCCACAGAGAGGCAUGAGUGCAUCCUGUAGGGCUGUGUCCUCUCGCUCAGUGCCUG